AUGUCCGAGCCGCAUCGAAAUGGCGAUGAGCCUUCUCAGGGCGCGACACCCCUGCGCAGGGAACGAGCACCCACGAUCACCAUCGAUACCUCCGCGGUGAACUCUCCCGACACCAGUGAUUACCCGGUUCAGCUCCUUUCGACUCCUCCCCAGCCGUCGCUAAAGCUUUCCACGGAAACCGUCGAGUCAGACACAAACGCUCUUAGCAGUGCCAGCAAUGUCUCCCCAACAGACUUGCGAUACAGCGCGUCCAUCCGCUCCGAAGCCUCGUCAGAAGCCCGGGAUCGCGAACGAGACGACCGGCCAACAUCGCCCCAUAAUAUUUCAUCUCCCACCAAGAGCAAGGCACCCGAGGUCCAUUCGAAUUUCCUGUCCGUACCUGGAACACGGUCUCGCGGCAACUCGUUGGAAUCGGAGGAUACCAGCCAGUCAUUAAGCACCUAUGGCGGAGAUACUUAUGUGCCUACUGCGUCUCACGGCUCACGAUCUGAGCUUAUUAAGAAUAAUCAUAAUGUGGAUGACGAGGAUGCGCUUACCCCGGAUCCAGGCCGAGAAACCGAGUUCGAGGUGGAAAAUAACAAAUUCGCCUUCUCUCCCGGCCAGUUGAACAAAUUACUCAAUCCCAAAAGUUUCGCUGCUUUUCGUGCGCUUGGUGGUUUGCGCGGGUUGGAAAAGGGGUUGCGCACUGACGUGCAAAGCGGUCUAAGCGUGGACGAGACGACACUCGAUGGGGCUGUGAGCUUCGAAGAUGUGACUGCCUCCAGUCCCGCGACUAAGACAUCUUCCCCGACAGUGACUGCGCCUGACACCCCUGGCACAUCUUCAGUCGUUUCGGAAGCAGAUCAGUCAUUUGGGGACCGACGACGGGUAUACGGCACUAACCUCCUACCAGAGAGAAAGCUCAAGACCAUUUGGGAAUUGGCAUGGAUUGCCUAUAAUGAUAAAGUGCUGAUCCUGCUGACGAUCGCCGCUAUCGUUUCUCUUGCUGUCGGUAUCCCGCAAUCCUUGCAUCCUACGGAUGGAGAACCAGGCGUGGAAUGGGUCGAGGGGUUGGCCAUUCUGAUCGCCAUUAUCAUUGUGGUGGUAGUUGGUGCGGCAAAUGACUGGCAGAAAGAACGACAGUUUGCCAAGCUCAACAAGAAAAAGGAAAACCGCUUGGUAAAGGUUGUUCGGUCUGGCCAGACAGCUGAAGUCUCGAUCCAUGAUCUCGUCGUUGGAGAUGUUAUGCAUCUGGAGCCUGGCGACAUGGUUCCCGUUGAUGGUAUUUUGAUUGCUGGUCACGAUGUCAAAUGCGAUGAAUCUUCGGCCACUGGCGAGUCGGAUAUUUUACGCAAAACCCCAGGUGAUGAAGUUUAUCGGGCGAUCGAAAACCACGAAGAUCUUAAGAAAAUGGAUCCGUUUAUUAUCUCCGGCGCAAAGGUUUCCGAGGGCGUGGGUACAUUCCUCGUCACUGCGACAGGUGUGAAUGCCACCCAUGGCCGAACAUUGAUGUCCCUCCAGGAGGAAGGUGAAACGACCCCACUGCAGACUAAGCUCAACAAGCUAGCCGAGUACAUUGCCAAGCUUGGUCUAGCAUCUGGUUUGCUAUUGUUUGUUGUGCUUUUCAUCAAGUUCCUGGUUCGACUGAAGGACAUUGAAGGCGGUGCCGAUGUGAAGGGACAAGAUUUCCUGCAGAUUUUCAUCGUCGCCGUGACCAUUGUCGUUGUUGCUGUUCCCGAAGGUUUGCCGCUGGCGGUGACACUCGCUCUUGCUUUUGCGACGACAAGGAUGAUCAAGGAUAAUAACCUGGUUCGUUUCUUGAAAGCCUGUGAGACGAUGGGAAACGCGACAACUAUCUGUUCCGACAAGACUGGAACUCUCACCGAAAAUAGAAUGAGCGCUGUUGCUGCUACUCUGGGCACUACUUCUCGGUUUGGAGAUAAAUCCACAGGCCCGGCCACUGAACAAUCUGGAGAUGUCUCGGCCGCCGAAUUCGUGUCAACACUCUCACCCUCCGUCAAGGAUCUUCUUCUCAAGCACAUUGUCCUGAACUCGACUGCCUUCGAAGGAGAGCAGGAAGGUGUCAAACAGUUUAUUGGAUCUAAGACAGAGACUGCGCUACUUUCCUUUGCUCGUGAAAAUCUUGGAAUGGGGCCGCCUGCCGAGGGUCGCGCCAGCGCGAAGAUCGCCCAGAUGUACCCCUUUGACUCGAGCCGCAAGUGCAUGGCUGUUGUUGUUCAAAUGGAGAACGGUAAAUACCGCAUGCUUGUCAAGGGUGCUGCAGAGAUUCUGAUGUCCAAGUCGACCCGAAUCAUCCGUGACCCCACUGCUGAGUUGUCCGAGGUACCCUUUACCGAGGAAAACCGUAACACUCUGGACACCAUCAUGACGAAUUACACAUCUCGAUCAUUGCGCUGUAUCGCUCUUGUGUACCGGGACUUUGAACAGUGGCCCCCUCGUGGAGCUGCGACUCAGGAAAACGAUCGCAACAUGGCUGUCUUUGAGUCUAUCUUCAAGGACAUGUCUAUGUUCGGUUUGUUCGGUAUCCAGGAUCCUGUCCGGGCCGGUGUUGCGGAAGCUGUUCACACCUGUCAACGUGCUGGUGUCUUUGUUCGCAUGGUGACCGGUGAUAACAUCAACACUGCCAAAGCCAUUGCCCAGGAAUGCGGUAUCUAUACACCCGGUGGUAUUGCCAUUGAGGGCCCCCAGUUCCGCAAGCUUAGCUCAAAGCAAAUGAACCAAAUUAUCCCCAGACUGCAGGUCAUUGCACGGUCCAGCCCUGAAGACAAGAAAAUCCUGGUGAACCAACUCAAGAAGUUGGGUGAGACUGUCGCUGUUACUGGAGACGGUACCAAUGAUGCCCAAGCUCUCAAGAACGCUGACGUCGGAUUUGCGAUGGGUGUUACUGGUACUGAAGUUGCUAAAGAGGCAUCGGACAUUAUCCUGAUGGAUGACAACUUUGCGUCCAUUGUCAAAGCUAUGGCAUGGGGUCGCACGGUCAGUGAUGCGGUGAAGAAAUUCCUUCAGUUCCAAAUCACUGUUAACAUCACCGCUGUCAUUCUCACAUUCGUCUCUGCUGUUGCUAGCGACUCAGAGGACUCGGUCCUUAGUGCCGUUCAACUGUUGUGGGUCAACCUGAUCAUGGACACCUUUGCCGCCCUUGCCCUUGCAACGGAUCCCCCAUCGCCAUAUGUCCUCGACCGCCGACCUGAGCCAAAGUCGUCACCACUUAUUACCGUCACCAUGUGGAAAAUGAUUAUUGGACAAGCGAUCUAUCAAUUGGUGGUGACUUUUGUGCUUAACUUUGCUGGUACAUCUAUCUUUUCCUGGGAUUCCGAUACCAUGCAGACUGUGGUGUUCAACACUUUUGUCUUCAUGCAAAUCUUCAAUCAAUACAACUCUCGCCGCAUUGACAACAAGUUCAAUAUCAUGGAAGGAAUUUGGCGCAACAAGUGGUUCAUUGGCAUCCAAGUCAUUAUUAUUGGAGGUCAAGUCUUGAUCAUCUUUGUUGGUGGCCAGGCCUUUUCGGUCAAGCGCCUCGACCAAGGAAGCCAGUGGGCUGUCAGCUUGGUUCUCGGUGCCAUUUCACUGCCCAUUGCUGUCAUCAUCCGUCUUAUUCCCGACUCAUUUGCCAGCAAACUCGUCCCGCAAUUCUGGCACCGCAAGAAGGCCGGUCCUGAGCUUGUUGUUUCAGACGAGGACCGUCGCUACGAGUGGAACCCGGCUUUGGAGGAGAUCCGCGACCAGCUUGCAUUCAUCAAGAUUGUUCGUGGCGGCCGCUUGAGCCACAUUCGCCACAAGCUCCAGCAUCCGCAGGAACUCCUCCCUCGAUCUCGGAGCGGUUCUCGGUCUCGGGAAUCUUCAGUUCCACCCACGCCAACCGGUGAGGAUAACGGAAGCCCACCUCCUCUGCCCGCAACCCCUGAGUCUCGCUCUCGACGCAAUACCCGCUCUCGAUCCAACUCUACCUUUGGACCUGCCGCUGCCAUGGCUGGUAUCGUGGCCGGUAGUAUCGCCGGAUGGUCUCCUAUUGAACGAGGCCACGACGAUGCCGACUCCAUGAGUUUCCCGACUAUGGGUGCCCAUGGUGGAUUGGACGGUCAGCAGGGCAUUGAAGUCCACCCUGAUACGGCUGCCGAUGACCGGGUCUUGGGCGAAUACUCCGCAAACUCCAAGACACCACCGAGUCAAAAUCCAGAUCUGACUCCCUUCUUUGAACACGCUCCCACAACAGACCGAGCACCAUCAAGUCGUGGCCGUCGAUCUCUUUCUCAGCGCUCUCGAUCGAGUCUGAGCCCAUCCCAGGUGUAG